CUCAGAAACAGACGGUCGGGUUUUUACCAGCAGUUAAUAAAUAUGUUUGUUCUCCAGCUGAUGUCGGGGUUUCUGCUCCUCCACCUGGUGAUGAGUUCAGGCUCCGGGCACUCGCUGUCGGUGUUGCUCACCUACAUCUCAGGACCAACCCAGUUCCCAGAGUUCUCUGGGGUCCUGAUGCUGGACGACAUCCAGGUGGGGUACUAUGACUCAGAGACCAACAGAGUGAUGAAGGUCGGUGCCGGAGGUGAGAAAGGGGAGGAGCUUGACGUGGACCAGUUAGCCUUGGAUGGGCUGAAGAAGAAUAUGAAGGGGAUGAGGAUCAGGUUGGACGUAGCCAGAAAACAGCUGAACCUGACCUCUCCAGGCAUCUACGUUCAACAGAGGAUGGUGGUUUGUGGGGACCAGGAAGACGAUCAGCAUAAUUUCCUCAUGGUCAGGGAUGUUGUGAAUGGUCAUGAUGCCGAAAGCGUAGUGUGUAACACAACCCACUUCCUGUACGGCGGUGGUGAUGGUUGGGAGUUCCAGUUGGACACCAUGGAGCAGAUUUACUUUCAGAUGCGCUUCUCAAACAUCUACCUGCCCGUAUCCGGGGGGGGCGGGGCCCAGAUCACCUGUCUGGCCACAGACUUCUACCCUCGCCACAUCAACCUGACGCUGCUGCGGGACGGUGAACCCGUGGAGGAGGAAAUGACCGUUGGCUCGGUGCUGCCCAACGGCAACGGUCUCUACCAGCUGAGGAAGACGCUGGUGGUGGAUGAAGAGGAGCUGCAGAGGAAGCACAAGUACACCUGUGCAGCGUCUCCCCUGAGUCUGGACAACCGGCUGGACGUGAGCUGGAGGGCGGAGUCUUUCCGUUCAUCCAGAGUCCACGUCAUAUCUGCUCCCGUCGUCCUGCUGGUUGCUGCCAUCCUGCUGCUGGUGCUGAUGAUGAAGAUGAGGAAGAGGUCAGGGUCAGAGGGCAUCUCCAUGGAAACACAGGAGAGUCCCCCGGAACAGACACCUGAAUCUUGA